CAAUGGCGGAGGUUGACAGUCUGUGAUCAAUUUAUUGUGUUUUUUUUUACGAUUAUAUAUUUAUAAUUAUUUGAAGUUAGAUCCAGGUGAAAGGGGUCCAAUAAAGAAUAAGUUUUUCGUCACCUAAAUAUCAAAAAUGGGGUCUGAUCACACGAAUAGAAGAUUGAGUCAUCUUCGAAAAGUUUUGGAAAGAUCUGGACCAUUUUGCCGGCCAGAUUUUGAUCCUUCUUCAGAAAAUCUCCCACUUUUGAUGGAUUCUUGCAAAGUACUUGUUAUUGGAGCUGGUGGACUAGGCUGUGAAUUAUUAAAGAACUUGGCUUUGAUGGGCUUCAGGCAAAUUCAUGUCAUUGACAUGGACACAAUCGAUUUGUCUAACCUCAACAGGCAAUUUCUCUUUCGACACAAAGACAUCGGGGCUUCGAAGGCGAUCAUUGCUGCCAAGUUUAUAAACGAGAGGGUUUCAGGUUGCAAUGUUGUUCCGCAUUUUUGCAAAAUCCAGGAUAAAGAUGAGUCCUUUUACCACCAAUUUAACAUUGUGGUUUGUGGGUUGGACUCGAUCGUCGCCAGAAGAUGGAUCAAUGGAAUGUUGAUCUCGCUCUUGGUUUACGAAGAUGGAGAAUUGGAUCAGAGGAGUGUUAUUCCGAUGGUCGACGGAGGCACAGAAGGUUUCAAGGGAAACGCCAGAGUCAUUUUGCCCGGAAUGACUGCCUGCAUCGAGUGUACUUUAGAUCUUUAUCCUCCGCAAGUGACGUAUCCCCUCUGCACCAUAGCAAAUACUCCCCGUUUGCCGGAACACUGCAUUGAAUAUGUGAAAGUAGUUCAGUGGCCGAAGGAAAAUCCCUUCGACUGCACGAUCGACGGCGAUGAUCCGCAACACAUCAACUGGAUUUAUGAAAAAUCGGCGGAAAGAGCGACGCAAUUUGGCAUUCGAGAAUUAACGUACAGACUCGUUCAAGGAGUUGUCAAAAACAUCAUACCCGCAGUCGCAUCCACAAAUGCCUCAAUUGCGGCGACUUGCACGACCGAAGCUUUCAAACUCGCCACCAGCUGCAGUGCCUCCCUAAACAAUUAUAUGAGAAAAAACAAUCUUAUACAAAAUCUCAAUGCAGAGACGUAA